AUGUCAUUCAGAGGCGGCCGUGGUGGCGGUCGAGGAGGCGGUGGCUUCCGAGGCGGACGAGGCGGCAGCUUUGCGCCCGCCGGCCCCCCUGCCGAAGUGCAGGAAAUGGGAACCGUCGAACACGCUGUCGAAGGCGAAAUGUUUUGCCGCUCAUCAAACGUCAAGAUCCCCUACUUCAACGCCCCCAUCUACCUCGAGAACAAGACGCCCAUUGGCAAGGUCGACGAGGUCCUCGGACCCAUCAACGAAGUAUACUUUACGAUUAAGCCCCAGGAGGGGAUUGUAGCCACGAGCUUCAAGAGCGGCGACAAGGUCUUCAUUGGAGGAGACAAGCUGCUGCCUAUGGACAAGUUCUUGCCCAAGCCCAAGGUCGCCGGCGAGAAGAAGCCCAAGCGAGCGGGUGGUGCUCGUGGUGGCCGUGGAGGACCCCGCGGCGGCGGUCGCGGCGGAAGAGGAGGCUCUGGCUUCGGCGGUGGUCGGGGAGGUGGUCGCGGCGGAGGCGGUUUCUCAAGAGGAGGCGGCCGUGGUGGUGGCCGAGGAGGUGGCGGCUUCAGUGGCGGCUUCAGUGGUGGCCGCGGCGGUGGCCGUGGAGGAGGAGGUGGUUUCCGGGGACGUGGACGCGGCUUCUAA